UUUUUCAGAGGUUACUCUUUAAAAAUCAAAUAGAUAACAUUCCCUAAGGCUAAGAUAUUUCUAUUUUUUCUCUUGUCGCUAACUGUAGCCAAUAGAUUUUUUAAUGUUCUUUUCUUACAACUAAUUGAGGCUGCAAGCAACAUCGACCAACAUGGAUAAAGUUCUGAUUUUUUCAGUAAUUCUCAUUAGUAUGGUUUACUUACCAGAUGUACUAAACUGCAUGCCAGUAUUUCCUAUGGAAAUCGAAGGAUAUGAGAAAGAUUGUGUCAACUAUAGUUGCCGCUACACCGGGAGAAUUGUAGGGCACGUUGACAUCUAUGAAGAGAACACAACUCUUCCCGUGGAAUGGGAUUGGACGAUAAGUGUUCUCGUUUGUCGAAGAAUAUAUGACUGCUCCGAUGGCACAAAAUAUUGGCAACAAUUCUGUGAUGUAUUCUGGCUUAUCGACCCACUUGAUUGCGCAAAGGUCAGCCACAACCCCUGUUACUGCUCUGGAACGUUUCCCAUGAAAUUCAAGUUUUACCCUCGGCUUGAAAAUGCUUACUAUCGGCUUGGGGGGAUGACCGAUUGGAGAUCUGACAAGCCUCAAUAUGUCAGCAAAGUAUUUGAUUCAAAAAUUAGACCAGGUGUGUGGGAUCCAGUUGUUAAACUCAGGUACUGGAAUCAAGGAAUGGAUGCAUCAGUGAACGGAGCACGCCUUUUACACUCAGAGAACGUCUUCUUGGGUAUCGGAGCUCUGUGCGCCAUCUUACUAGCCUAGAUACAAAUUGCUGAGAAACAACCUCGCAGGCCUACUCAUUGAGGUCGUUGGGUG